AUGAUUGGUGCUGUCAUUUUUAUGAUUGCUUUUCUCGUAAAUGUCAACUUUUCCAAGCCAAUCAUAGUUAUUUUAGCAUUUUGCACUGCUGGAAUGUUUACAUUAAAUGUUUUAUUGAAUAAUGCGAUUUUGCCAAUACUAAGAGGAAUAGUUCUGUUCUUGUUUUUAACCCCUACGUAUGUGAAUAUCUUCAACAUCUAUGCUAUUUGCAACAUUCAUGAUUGUACUUGGGGAAACCGCCCACAGGAGUUAAAUAAUGAUGAAAGAGAAAGAUUAAGCGACUAUCAAGCCUUCAGAACUAGAUGGCUAGUUAUUUGGGUUUUAACGAAUACAUUCUUUGCUUACUGCAUCAAUUUCUUAAAUAAGUAA